UGGAGAGAGUCUCUCACAUUCCAAAUAUCCACCUCCUCCAUCAAAAUCCCUACUUUCAAAAAAAUUAUCUUCCCUACAGUACGACAACUAGGGUUUCGAUCGAAGCCAUCCACUUCUUACAGUAAAACUUCCGGCAAGCAUCUAGAUUCCUUGACUUCUAUUUGCCAAUUUUAAUUGGAAGAUUAGGGAUCCACGUUUUGGUUUGAAGAAGAAGGAAAUAUGAUGUCGCUCACUCCAGAUCCGUCUAGGAAGGUUUCGUCGGGGAUGACUCCAUCUCCAUCUCCCUUCCUCACACCUCGUCCUGAAAGACGCCGUCUGGAUUCAAGAGGAGGAGCCGACUGGAACUCCAACCGUCUAGACAAAGAUAAAGAGGUUAACGUGCAAGUUCUUCUACGAUGCAGACCAUUAAGUGAUGAUGAGCAAAGAAUGAACGUCCCAAGAGUGAUAUCAUGUAAUGAGCACAAAAGGGAAGUCACUGUUUUGCAGAGCAUAGCUAACAAGCAAGUGGAUAGAGUUUUCACUUUUGAUAAGAUUUUUGGGCCCAAAUCACAACAAAGAUCUAUAUACGACCAAGCAAUUGCCCCAAUUGUUAAUGAAGUUCUUGAGGGUUUCAACUGCACCGUCUUUGCGUAUGGGCAGACAGGUACCGGCAAAACAUAUACAAUGGAGGGUGGGAUGAGAAACAAGGGUGGGGAUUUGCCUGCUGAAGCUGGUGUUAUUCCACGAGCUGUUCGCCAGAUUUUUGAUACACUGGACGCUCAAAGCGCUGAUUACAGCAUGAAAGUGACAUUUUUGGAGCUUUAUAAUGAAGAAAUAACUGAUCUCCUAGCUCCUGAAGAUAAUUCGAGAUUGGUGGAAGAUAGGCCAAAGAAACCCAUUUCGUUGAUGGAGGAUGGUAAGGGUUGUGUGGUAGUGAGAGGUCUUGAAGAAGAAGCUGUAUACAGUGCAAAUGAAAUCUACAGUCUCUUGGAACGAGGAGCAGCUAAAAGGCGAACAGCAGAUACUUUGUUGAACAAACGCAGCAGUCGUUCUCAUUCAGUCUUCUCCAUUACUGUUCACAUAAAAGAAGCAAGAGUCGAAGAUGAGGAUCUUAUUAAAUGUGGCAAACUUAAUCUAGUUGAUUUGGCAGGUUCCGAGAACAUUUCUCGUUCGGGUGCAAGAGAGGGUCGAGCAAGAGAAGCAGGGGAGAUUAACAAGAGCUUACUCACACUGGGACGUGUAAUUAAUACACUGGUGGAACAUUCCACACAUAUACCUUACAGAGAUAGUAAGCUGACAAGGCUAUUAAGAGAUUCCCUAGGUGGGAAAACAAAGACCUGCAUUAUUGCUACAAUUUCUCCCUCUGCUCAUUCUUUGGAAGAAACAUUAAGCACUUUGGAUUAUGCCUAUCGCGCUAAAAACAUCAAAAACAAACCUGAGGCAAACCAGAAAAUGUCCAAGGCUGUAUUGCUCAAGGAAUUGUACUUGGAAAUUGAGAAAAUGAAAGAAGAUGUUCGAGCAGCGAGGGAUAAGAAUGGAGUUUACAUUCCACAGGAAAGAUACGCCAAAGAAGAAGCUGACAAGAAGGCUAGGAUUGAGAAGAUAGAUCAAUUAGAGGGUGAGCUCAGUCUCAGUGAAAAGGAAAUUGAUAAGUGCCGUGAGCUUUAUCUCACUGAGCAAGAGCAGCGGCUAGAGUUAGAGAGUGAGCUGAAAGACUGUAAGAUACAACUCGAGAACAGUAACAAAGCACUGCUUGAUCUUCAAGAGGUCCAUAGGAUGGCUAAGAUGACUCUAAAGGAAAAGGAGUUGAUCAUCUCCAAAUUUCUAUUAUCGGAAAGUUGUAUAAUUGAACGAGCAAAGGAGUUGCGUUUUGAUUUGCAAAAUGCAUCAGAUGAUAUAACUUCACUUUUUGCUAAAUUAGAUGAGAAAGACACAAUGGAAGCAGAAAAUAGGAGCAUGGUGUUGACAUUUGGUUCUGAACUUGACCAGAAAUUAAAAGAACUGCAUAAGACCAUCCUGGGUUCAGUUUCUCAGCAACAGCGACAACUAAUAAGCAUGGAAGAACAAACUCGGCUGUUUCUUGCCUGUAAAUCUGACGCUACACAAAUAUUGGAGUCAAGGCUCAAGAAAAUGACAGAAAAGUAUACUACAGGAGUAGAAGCCUUGAAGGAGCUCUCCAGCACAAUGCAAAGGAAAGCCUCCACUGACCUAGAGCAGAUAAAUUCUACAAUUUCAUCUCAAAUGAUGGCUGCUGAGUGUUUUCUUGUCACUGCCGUAUCUGAAGCCAGUGACGUUAUUGAGGAUGUGAAAAAUUAUGUAGAUGAGCAAAAGCAUCUGUUGGCUUUAUCGGCUCAACAACAAGAGAAGGGUUUACAUCAGAGCUUGAUUUCAACACAAGUAAUUUCCGAGGCAGCCAUGGACUUUUUAAAUGACCUUCAUCAUCAUGCUUCUAAAGUCACGACAAUGUUCGAAGAAAGACAAAUUGAAAAGGUCGAGCAAUUAGCUAGUUUUGAGAAGAUGUUCAAGGAAGAUGCUGCUAGAGAGGAAAAGGAGGCACUGAAAAAUAUUGCAGCAAUAUUGGCAACCUUGACAUCCAAAAAAACUACAAUGGUAUCGAAAGCAUCAAGGGAUGUUCAGAACUUAAGUAUUCAGGAGACUGAGAUAUUAAAAAGAGAGAUGUCCAACAUUCAGCAGGUUUCCUGUAGUGCUAAGAAGGAACUGAUUACAUAUGUAGAGAAGGAGGAAAGUCGUUUCAUGGAGAAUACAUUCUUCACAGCUGAAUCAAAUGCCGUGAUGAAUAAUUGCCUUUACGAGUGCUCGAAGCGGGUAGAUAAAUCUAGGCAGCAAUGGAUAGAUGUCCAGUCAUUCAUAGAAGAUCAUACAAAAAGGAAUAUUUCAGAGAUAAAUUCCUCGGUGAAGGAAAGUAUUAGCAGGAACCACAGUGCACAUGAAGAAUUUGUAUCUGCCUCAUCAAUGGUGGAAGUUGAUUUUAAUGCUAGAGCUGAUGAUAUGCUGGUUGCCGUUAAUGAAUCACUAGCGCUUGACCAAGAAAGUAAGAGAGAAUUAGACUUACUCACAGCUGGGUGUUUGGAUCAGCUGAAGUCAAUGCAAGAGAAGCAUGGUGAAAGCAUAUCCGAUAUCAGAAGCCAGGCAAAGAAGUCCCUAACAAGAGAUUAUCUGGUUGAUCAUCAUAGUGGUACAACACCUAAGAAAGGAGUUAUCACAGUGCCCAGCUUGGCAUCGAUUGAAGAGAUGAGAACUGCGCCUGCCAUUGAAAUUCUAAGACAAGAAAAUAAUGUAGAGAACGGAUCAAAAGGGAGCCGCAGUGAAAGCAAGACCCAGUAUCUGCAAUUGCAAGUCAUGGCAUCUCUAAAUAGAACGCCUUUUGCAGAUGUUAAUUAAAUGAGGACCACUGAACUUUUGAAACCAGAGAGUAGCUUGGCUUAUUGACGUGCUCAUCUACCGAUGAGUAGUUAAGAGGUCCAGUCCACUAUAUAUAUGUAUCCUUUUUCUUGCAGAUCAUCUGUGAAGAGGCGAUAAAGCUUCAUAUGCUUUUGAUAAAAUGUAUUAUGAUCAAGUUUUUUUUAUUGAAGAUGAACAACCUGUACCCAUUCUUGUGAUAUAGAUUACUAGCGUAUAUCUAUUUCUAAAUGUUUGG